CAGAAAUUAUUUUUUGAUUGGGUUGAGUCGGAAGAUGGGUGCAAUGCUAAAAUUGAAAGGGAUUUGAGAGUUUAGAAGUUAAGGUCUCUUCUUUUGGCUUUGAAAUAGAGCUACUAAUUUGGUGAUAAGGGGAAUAGUUACUGGUGCUUUGGAUAAAUUAUGCGUUUUGUGCUCCAAUCCAUACCAAGAUAUUGACCAUCUUUCUUAUGUGCUCUUGCAAUUUCUAUGAUCACCUUUGGAGAAACUCUUAUGGAUGGCUCGACAUUCAAAUGGCACGCUCUGAACCACUCAAAUCCCCAACUCUACCUUCCUCAAACCCUAGAAGUGGUUCCAGAUUGGAGAAUGGUCAACAAUGUCACUGUGCAGCGAAGAUGGAGAAGUGGCAAGGCAAUUCGCAAGAAGAUGGACAUUAGUAAUACUCAAAUCACAUAUAUAAAAAGUGUCCAGAAAAGCACCCACUCUAUGCAGACAAGUAAAAUUAUGCGGAGGUAUGUAACUUUUGUUUAUGCAGCUCAUUGUCUUUUGUUUCUUUUAUUAGUAUCAAUGAAUGUUCUUCACAUUUUAUAUCAUUUAUCCUUGAACAGUUACAAGAUGCAUUGUAAAUAUUUUAUAACCUUCUAGCUCUAAUGGUGGAUGCUUAUAUAUGUGUGCACAAUGGUUUCUUUAUUCAAACUUUUCCUCUACUUCAGGGAAAUGAGGCGAAAAUUGAAAGAUAUAUUCACUUGUCAUCUUAUUUUAUUUAUUCAUUUGGUUGAUUUGCCAUAACUUUUAGCAGGAAAUGGUAUGCUUAUCUAAGCAUCCCGAGCAGAUAUAUCCUAAAAAGUUGUAAAUGUGAUGAGAAUGAAACAGUUUUUUUUAGUUCAGAAAAUUUAUCCGAUGAAUUUUUAGGCAAGUAUAUUUUCAAUAUGUUCUAUUGUGGUUCGUAAAAUGUGAUUUUUCAUGGCAAGUAAAAUGCAUCUUAUACAAGCUAAGAUCUUGAGGUUUAUGCAUUUUACAUUAAAGCUCCUGCUGAAUGUAGAAUGCAAAUGACUGUUAAGUUAAAGGAAAAUUCUUCAUUACAUGCUUCACAGUUGGUCAUUAUCAAAUUACUUCACACAUGAAGUACAUUCUUCACACUUUCGCAGUAUCAAUUAGUUACAACUAAGUUGAAAAAACAAGAACAACUGAAUGUAAAGUCUAUUAACCAGUGCUUGGCUUGCUUUUAAAGAUAUUCUGACUUUUCAGAUUCAUAUCAGGACACACAUAAAGGUAUCCACCUAAUGAAGGUUCCCUCAACAAAUUAUCGAGUAACAUUUUCACAAGCUUUUCUUCGCAUUGUUGAGGCGAAAUGUUUGCAAAGUUAAACUGAAAAAAAAGAAGAAAUGUCUACAUAUUCCAAAAUAGAGCACAUGGCUAGAUAUUCAGAUUCAACCAGAAAAGCGUGAAGGUUAGGGAAUUUAUUCACUAAUGAAAAUCUAGGAUUUGAUAUUUACAUAUAAUCGCCAAGGUAGAACAAGGAAUUGUUUUUGUGCCGAGUGUCCGGCAUUCAGCUCCAUGAAAGGAAUUCUUCUAAUUUUCGAUCUUCAUAGAAUGUUAAGUGUCUCUUAUUAUAGUUGGAUUUCUCAAUCAACGGUAGGAAAUUCCUUGAAAUUCUUGUCAUGUUAGGAUUAGUGUAAUUUCUCGUUUCCAUGAUAAGCUACAUUAUUAGACUAAAAUGCUCUAUUAUUUUACUAAAAAAAGUACAUUAUUAGCUAAGUUACAUUAUUAGACUAAUAAUCUACAUUAUUAGAUUGCACGUGGCAUUAAUCUAACCGUUAGAUCACAAGAUCCAAUGGAUAACAAGUGUUUUGAUUUUGAACAAUAUUUGCAAGUUGAAAAUGAAUACAUCCCUAUAUAUAUAUAUUUAUGUUUCUUCAUAUAUAUCUCCAAUUAUUUAGAUAGACUUUAUAUGGUAGGUAGAUCCUUUUAUUUCAGGAUUAGAUUAGUUUCUACUUUCUCUCUAUAUAUAUGAGUAUUUCUAGUUGUGUAAUAUACAUAGAACAUCGUUUCUCCAAUAUAUGUAUUCAUAUUGAUUGUAUGCAUUUCUUUCCAUUUCACAAUGUAUGUAUUCCUUAUUGUCACGAUUUGUCUUUUCCUAUUGAUUGUAAUCUAUAAUACAAAAAAGCACAUAUACUAAAAAUACCUGGCAAUAAGUAUUAAAUUAAGCAAAAGUGUCCGUUACGUUGACUACUUGUGAAAUCUCCUUAAUACAAAUGUUAAACUCGUAGAAUUUGUGUUUUCCUUUCUGGACUUUAAAAACCCUUCUUGGAUUGUCAUAUACUAACAUUACUGUGAAGCACCUAUAUAAGCGAACCUUUCCCUUUCAUCUUAAGGUCUUCAAAUCGCGUUCUAUCAAGUGUUCACUUCUUUAGCUUAAAACCUUUCAUUUUCAAAAGAUUAUAUUCCGAGUAUUCCCAUAUCAAAGAGAUCAGCUUUCAUUCUGAUUCAUCCUUUUGAGGUAAUAUAUGAAUAUAGUUCUUGCUGAUUCUUUCUUUCGACGAUUCAAUGAAUUUUAAGUUCAAUUGUAUCUGCAUACAAGAUUUAGGUAUAAUUAAUCAUAUUUAUCGGGUUGGAUGAUAUUAUCUGUUCUUAUGGAUCAAGUGUUGACUGACAUUCAUGAUUCAAAAUGGUUGAAUGAAGUUGUGAAGUUGAAUUAAAUGUGUUUGAUGGAAUUUUCUUCAGUGCGAAGAAUUGCUAUAUGUGAGGCUAUAUAGAAACCAGAAUUUUAGUAUUGUUGGACAUUUCCUUUUUCAGGCAAGUAGAAAGAUUCAAUGCCAAACAUGAUGUACAUGACUAUUUUCAUUGCUAGUUUUUCUAGACAUGAGGGAUUAAUAUAUGAUAGAAACAAAUAUCAGUUUAUGUCCCUACUUUUGAGCUAUAUUUCAAUAAUGUUCCAACAUUUGAUAAAUUACAAACCGACACCAAUCUUUCAGCAUUUUCACAAUUAUCUCCUAAGGUAUCACCUGAAAUUCCAUAUGGCACUCUGGGUCUGAGAUUUUCAUAUGGCACUCCGGGUCAGCAUUUUCAAUAAUUUUCCAACACAUGUAAAUGCAGUUGUUAAUUCCACGUGCAUCCACUGGUGUGCUAUUUGAGAUUUCAGGUCCAGGGUAAGGUUGUGGGUUUCAAAUAUGCAAUGACUGCAGAAUUGGAUAGUUUAUUAUUUAGAAGUAAAAAACAUUGAUUGGAAAAAAAACUUUAUUUUUUAUAUACAUAUUCUUCUAGGAUGGUGUUACAGCAUCACAACACACCAAACUUGGCUCCUUAGCAGCUAGAACAAUUUAGGUUCCCCUAAAAGAAUGUGUAAUUCUAUAUCCUUAUACUUUGCCUGCCCUUAUUCUGUCCUAAUACUUGAUAUGUCAUGUGCCACAAGUGACCCAAGAAGUCUUGAGAUCUUCUCCAGAAGGAGUUACCCCACAGUUAAUUUGGGAAGGGAAGGUGCAUUAAGCAUAAUUAUAGCUCGAAAUGGCUGAAGAAGUUCCAAGGACAACGAAUAAUCAAGCUUUGAAGCGGUUGUCUUCAAAUCAAGAGGAUUGGGAUUCAAUAGAGCGAAACAAGAGAGGAAAAGGCUCUUUUCUGAAGCCACAAGAUUCUAGUUUGUCGAUCUGCAAAAAUCCUGCAUGUGAAGCAACAGAAUCCACUGUUCCCGGGUUUUGCAAGAGGUGUUGUUGCUGUAUUUGUUGUCGAUUUGAUAACAAUAUGGACCCAAGCCUUUGGUUGAAAUGCACACCUGAGUCUGGUUCAGAAGGUUCCUGUGGCUCUUCCUGUCAUGUUGAGUGUGCUCUCCGAAAUGGGAUGGUCGGGAAUGGCUCUUAUACUUGUGCUACAUGUAGUAAAGUUUCCUCAAUAAUUGGAUUCUGGAAGAAGCAGUUAGAGAUAGCUAUGGAUUCCAACCAGGCUGAUAUCCUAUGCUAUAGGAUAUUCUUGAAUUACAGGCUCCUCAAGGGUACAUCCAGGUUUUUUGAGCUCCAAAAGUUCAUUGAAGAUAUGAAGGACGCGUUAGAGAAGGAGUUGGGUCCAAUCAGUGAAGCAGCGGUCAAGUUUUCCCGUGCACACGCCGGAAGACUUAACAGUUAUGUGCAAGCUCUGUGCAAGCUUGCUAUUCAAAAAGCUGAAGAACUUCAGACUUCAAAUUCCAGCUCACUUUUAAAUCUCAGUGCAGAGGAUUCGGUCUCUAAUUCCGUACAUCGAUACAAGAACAGAGCAGAUAUCAAAUCAGAUUCUAGAGAGAAGCUUGUCCAAAAAAGAGGAAAAGAGCCUCAAAGCGGGACAAAAUGCAUGGGAGUCGGAGGUGUUGAGGCCGAGACUCUAAAGGUUAGACUGACACUUCCUGACCUGAACGAGGAGUUUCAAGUGCCCGAUACAAAGACAAGCACAGCAGCAGUGGAGAAGAGCGAAGGAUUGGAUGAGGACUUUGAAAACAUUGUGAGGAUCAUCCGGGGGCUUGAGCAGGGUGGCCAUGUCAGUAUGGAGUUCAGGUUGAAGUUCCUGACAUGGUUUAGCUUGAAGGCGAGGGAGCAUGAACGUCGAGUUGUCAGAACGUUCAUGAAGACUAUGAUCGAUGACCCAAGUGGUCUUGCUGGGCAGCUAGUGGAUACUUUCUCAGCAAUCAUAAUAGGUAGCAGACCUUGAAAGUUAUUGCUUUUAGGGUCUGCUGUUUGAGAACCCUUUCUUUAUGUAUUUAAAGCAACGGUAGUUGGACUGAAUUCAAUGCCUUUAGGGUCUGCUGUUUGAGAAUCCUUUGCCUAUUUUUUUGUACAUUUUAUUCUUCUUUUGUUUGGUCUUCUUCGCCUGUUAGGUACAUUUAUUUAUGCUGUUUGAGUUAGUUCGCUGUUUUUAUUGUUUU